AGUCAAAAUGGAUCAACGCAAACUGAUGGAUAACGCAAAUACAAUAACAGAUAUGGCAAAGACUCAGAACACGGUAUACGAUAUUAUAUCUGACAUGGCAAGUCGACAGGAUGUCAUUGAAGUACGCUUAACAAACCUUGAAGAAAAAUUAAAAAUAAUUCAAGAUCAAAUGGAAAACUUACCAGAUAUGUUGACACGUUGUUUAAGUCAACACCAGGAACGAAUUGAUCAAAGAAAAAAUUUUCUACAUCCAGAUACGGCAGCCACAUCAACGAAACUAAACUCUCCACAUCAAAUUAUGAAUUCCAAUUCCAUGCUUUUUUCUAAUUACAGUAUAUCUAACGCUCUGGCGACCGAACAUUUGGCGGGAUAAUAAUUUCUGGCUACUUAGAGUAGCCAACAGAGGCGUUUUCGAGCAAGUUACGGUGCCUCGAAAAUCCAAAAACUGUAAACAAGAUAACAAGACAAAAACCUAUUCUAUCUGAAAUUAUUAAUUAUUCAAGUAUCUACAAAUACUAACAAUAAUAAUGGACGAAUUUCAUCAGUAACAGAAAUUUGCAAUAAAGCAACGCCUCGAUUUUGACAAUGGAAUGUACGCACACUUCACCAUGCACUUAAAUCCAAAUAAGUUUCUACUGAAUGUGAUCCGCUCAAAAUUGACGUAUUAGAUACCAGCGAGAUGAGAUGGAAUGGAUAUGUUGAAUUUAUUAACAAUAAAAUGGGCCUAAUUAUCUUUUCUGGAAUGCCUAACGAUAAUGACCCACAUGUUAAAUGCGUCGGUAUCUACCACCGAAAGUCGAUACGUCAACCUUUGCUCUCGUAGAAACCUUUGUCAGAGCGUAUUAUAACCGCGCGGCUUAAUACGAAGUAUCAGAAAACAUCACUAGUGCAACGGAUAAGAGCACUUUCACAGAUAAAUUUCUACAGUCACUUUAAGUACCACGCAAUAAGUUAAUAAUUCUAAUGGGUGACUUUAAUGCGCAGCUAGGAGCGGACAAUGUCAAUUAUUAACACAUCAUAAGUAAACAUGCGCUAGGCGUUUGCAGCGAAUUCCCCAUAAAUACAAGAUCACCAAAUGGAGAAUUUCAAAAUCAAAUUGAUCACAUUUGUGUGACGAGCAAAUGGUUCAAUAUAGUAAACGAUGUACGCAAUAAACACAAUGCUGACAUAGAAAGCGAUCAUUACUGAAUUAUCGCCGAAUUUCAAAUGAAAUUGUACCCAAAGAGAUCAAGAAAGUCAACCAGAAAAAAGUGCAAUGUGAGCAAACUAAAGAGUGAGGAAACUAGUCGCGAAGUAUCAAAUAAAAUCAAAGCACUCAAUUAAGAACAAUCCGAACGAAUUGAUAAGGAAUCUACGAUUAGUGGGCGUUUAUAAUAGAUGAAAUGCAAAACAUCUGCGAAAUAUCACUGGGUUUCUCGAAAAAUGAAAUCAAAGAAUAAAUAUCCGAAAGUACAACGCAGCUAAUAAAAGAAAGAUAAAAUGUCAGAACAAUUACUAAGCACGUCAGGAAGGCGCAGAAAGGAUGAAUUACAUGAAAUAUUAGGCCCUCAGAAAGAAUGUUAAGCGUCAUGUGAAAACCGACAAGCGAAACUAAUAUAACCAACUCGGAGACUCUGUUCAGAAAGAUGUGUAUAUAGUAAUAUAGUAACACAAACUCUUGCACACGAAAGCACUACAUUAAAUAAAAGCUCUUCAUUGUUGAUGAGUAAAAGCUCCUCAAAUACUGGCAAAGGGACAACUUUGCAAAAAGAUCAGAAUCUGUAAUUACAAAUCAAACAACAUGAACUGAUAAUUGUCAAAUAAAUCCCAUAAUGCAAUCGCUUGGCAACACUAAAUUAAAAACUGCCCCAACUUGGAGUACUUAAUGCAAGACACCAGAAUUAACUCAGCCCAUGUACAAUAUUGAGCUAAAGCCUGAUUGUAAAAAACUUAAAAAAGGGGAGAUACAUCCUAUAUAUUCUUUAAGGUAUUUACUUCACAGGAAAAUUGUGGUUGAAGAACCCCAUAAACGCAGAGAGCCUAUUCAAUGUCUAAAUUGUCAGGAAUAUGGACACUCAAGAACAUAUUGCAAACUAGAAAGUAUAUGCGUGAUAUGUUCUGAAUAUCACCAAACUGAAAAAUGUCCGAAGAACAAAGUUGAUGACAAAGCUAAAUGUUGCUCAAAUUACGGUGGAAACCAUACAGCGAAUUACAGAGGUUGCCAAGUACACAUUGAACUAAAACAAAGCAUUAAAAAUAAUGUAAGUUGAACUCAAGUGAAUACAGCAAAUUCUGGGAAUAUUUUGCCUAAUCAAUUUACUAACACAAUUAAUAAUGCAACAACUUCUUCAAAUAACAAACCAAAUGUACAAUCUUAUGCAAACGUUGUUAAGAAUACUUCAACUAUGAACAAUAACUCUGAGAACACCAACAUGUCUUCAAAUACUGAAUCUAUACUUUCAUCCUUUAUUCAAAAAAUGGACAAUUUUAUGGAUUGGAUGAAUAAACUGAUGAAUAACAUUAUGCAAAGUACGAUUCAAAAUCAAACUCUUAUGGCUGAAUUGAUAAAGGCAAAAUGAACGCAUUAACUGUUUGCCAUUGGAACGCUAACGGUUUAUGCCAACACUCACCUGAAAUUCAAGAUUAUCUAUAUAGAAAUGACAUAUAUAUUAUGCUGUUAUCAGAGACUCACUUAAAGCAAAAAAAUUGGUUACAAAUUUUAUGACACCAAACAUCCAGAUAAGAAAGCUCAGGGCGGCACUGACGUAUUAAUCAAGAAAACUAUUCACUACUUUGAGUUAGAGCAAUAUAGUGAAAAACACAUGCAAGCUACCUCGAUUUGUGUAAAAACUGGUCCGAAUUUUUCUGCUAUUUACUGUCCUCCACUACUUACUAUAACUACGGCCCAAUUUCGCAUAUUUUUUAAUAUGUUAGGUCCCAAAUUUGUAGCCGCUGGAGACUUUAAUGCAAAACACACUUUUUGGGGUUCGAGAUUAAUCUCACCAAGAGGCAGACAGCUUUACAUGGCAUUUCAGAAUGAUCUUGACAUUAUUUUCUCAGGUCAAUUAACGUAUUGGCCAACUGAUCAACAUAAAAUACCUGACUUGAUUGACUUUGGUGUUAUUAGAGGACUAAGCAGAAAAGAUAUAACUGCAGUACCAUCAUUUGAUCUAUCCUCAGAUCACUCUCCGGUCAUUUUAACUUUACUAAAACUAAAUAGAAUUGAUUUGCUCAAGAUUUCGACAAGGUUUGGCAUGACGACUUACUUGCGAAAAUUAAAUUAAAACUCCCUGAAAACAUGCAUCGGUUAUUUCUUUUAUACCUAACUUCUAGAAAAUUUCGUUUGAAACAUAACUCUUUUACUUCAAGAGAAGUUGAAAUAAUAGCAGGACUUCCCCAGGGAAGUGUUUUUGGGCCCUCUUUAUAUUUACUAUACACAGCCGAUCUUCCUCUCUUUUCUAACCAUAAAAUCUCAACUUUUGCAGACGAUACUGCAAUCCUUAGUGUAACAUACAUAGAAACCCCAAAAUGACCUCUCAGAAUUUGUCACUUCAUCUUAUUGAAAAUUUGUCACUUAUUGAGGAGGAUUAUGGAGGAUAAAAGUAAAUGAAUCAAAACGUGUUCAAAUAACGUUUGCACUAAGAAAAGAGACUUGUCCACAAGUUACGCUGAACAACACUCCAAUUCCGCAAGCAAACGACGUAAAGUAUCUUGGCAUUCAUCUUGAUAGAAGGUUGACUUGGAGCAAACACAUAGAUAGUAAGAAAACACAAAUAAAAUUAAAGUUUAUUCAAUUCUAUUGGCUUAUUAACCCAAAUAGUAAACUAAGUCUUGAAAACAAAGUCUUACUAUACAACUGUAUCAUUGUUCAGCUUGCUCUGCAUAUAUUGUAAAGAUUCAAACCGUGCAAAACUUCAUCACACGUAAAAUAACAGGAGCCCCAUGGUACGUUAAAAACUCCAAUAUCCAUAAGGAUUUAAAUAUCCCACUGGUAACGGAUGUUGCCCGAGCAUACAUAGGCAAAUAUCUUACGAAGUUUAGUGUACAUCCCAACCCACAAGCCAGACAGUUGGUUCCAACACUUAGAAAAAGAAACAACUGA